CAAAGAAAGAGAGAGAGAAAAAGAGAGCUUAUAACCAUGCACGGGUGGCAAAUAGUGUAUCGCGCGCCAGCCAGCGGAGCAGACGCAGACGCAGACGGGUUUUUUUAGUGCAGCGCUGGUUCCCGGCGCCGGUACCUAGUGCGCCUUCGAGCCAAAGUUCAGUACCCGUAAUCACUCGGUGCGCUCGUUAAAAGUAUAUAGUAACUCUCGGGGUAUAAAGCUCGGCUACGACCACCCCGCACCCUCGUGCGUGAUAGAGCAGCGCGGUAAAGUAGCACUUUAUUGCGUUUUUCGUUGACGCGUGUGGACGUAGGAUGAGCAGCAAUGGAAAACAGCAGCAGCAGCACGUGCUGGUGUGGGAGCAGCCGGGCCUCGACGAGAACGACCGCAUCCAAGCGGCGCCCGAGUACUGCAAGCCCAAAGGAUGGUGGGGCAAGCGUCACAUGGUCACGGCUAUGCUCUUCCUGGGCAUGGCGAAUGCCUACGUGAUGCGUACCAACAUGUCGGUGGCGAUAGUGGCAAUGGUCAACCACACGGCCAUCUUCAACCCGAACGAGACCACCCCGUACUCGGAAGAGUGCACGGUGAACGCAACCAACGAUGACGACGAUAGUCACGAGACGGACGGCGAAUACGUCUGGAACAGCAAGAUGCAGGGCUACCUGCUCAGCUCCUUCUUUUACGGCUACGUCAUUACCCAGAUUCCCUUUGGCAUACUGGCCAAGAGAUUCGGCUCCAAGUACUUCCUCGGCGUGGGCAUGCUGAUCAACUCUCUGUUCGGUCUACUCGUGCCACUAUCCGCACAAAAGGGCGGUUUCUUUCCGCUCAUGCUCGUACGUUUCAUUCAAGGACUCGGCGAGGGUCCCAUUGUGCCUUGUACGCAUGCUAUGCUGGCCAAGUGGAUACCACCUAACGAGAGAAGCCGAAUGGGUGCCUUUGUCUAUGCCGGUGCCCAGUUUGGAACAGUCAUAUCCAUGCCGCUUAGUGGUCUACUGUCCAAGUAUGGUUUUGCUGAUGGGUGGCCAUCGAUUUUCUACGUAUUCGGAACCAUAGGGACAAUCUGGUGUAUUGCGUUCCUGUUCAUGGUGUCGGAAGAUCCGGAGAGCGAUCCCAACAUCAAAGAUGAUGAAAGAAAGUACAUUAUCAGCUCGCUCUGGGGUACAGCUGGCGCGUCGUCGCCACCUGUGCCAUGGAAGUCCAUCUUCACCUCGAUGCCUUUCUACGCAAUUUUGCUUGCUCACAUGGGUCAUAAUUAUGGUUACGAGACCCUCAUGACUGAGCUGCCAACUUACAUGAAACAAAUCCUUCGGUUUAAAAUAGCAUCCAACGGUACGGUAUCAGCACUGCCUUACCUAGCCAUGUGGAUCUUCUCAAUGUUUAUCUCACACGUGGCCGAUUGGAUGAUCUCGAAGAAGCACAUUAGCCACAGCAUCACGCGCAAAGUCAUCAACAGCAUCGGCCAGUAUUGUCCAGCAAUCGCUCUCGUCGCCGCCUCCUACACUGGCUGUAAUCCGACGCUUACCGUUUUUUUGCUUACCGUUGGCGUUGGUCUCAAUGGCGGUAUUUACUCAGGCUUUAAAGUCAAUCACCUUGAUAUUUCACCGCGCUUCGCCGGUGUUCUUAUGUCUUUCACCAACUGCUUGGCUAAUUUAGCGGGACUGCUUGCGCCCAUUACUGCCGGAUACAUCAUCCAUGAUCAGCCUUCUCAAGCCAAUUGGAGGAUAGUAUUUCUAUUGUGUGCCGUCGUCUACGUAUUCUGUGCGACUUUCUACAUAAUAUUUGCUUCGGGAGAGCGGCAAUCGUGGGAUGAUCCACAAAAAGACAAGGCGAUAAGUGACAAAAAAUUAAAGAAGCAACAGCAACAAAAGCAACUGCAAGGCAUCAAAACGAUCAACGAGACUCGCCAUUAGCAGUAAACGCGUGCUCGAUCCUAAUAUUUAUAAUUUAUGAGUAUAGAUUAUGUAGGGUAGAAGUGAGAUAGUAUAAAAAGAGAGAGAGAGCGAGUCUCACGCGUGCCUGAUGAUCACGAGAAAGAGAGGUUCAAAUCUUGAAAUAGUCCCUGGCUAUGUAACUCUUGCACACGUACGCGUCUCUCUUUGUCUUGUGUAUAAAUAUACAUAAAACACGCGUGAGGAAUAUUAAUUUGCAUUCGUUCAUUCGUUUCCUUUCAGGUCCAAGAGCACCGUUUAAAAUAAAGGUAUUUUCAAAAAUAAUUCAUGAACGGAUAUUUUCGUAUGAUAAUUAAAAAAAAAAAUCUGACAUUGCAUCUGAAAAUGAAAAAGAAUGUUUGAGAAAAGCAGCCGCUUACGUUGAAAAAGGAAACAUCGACAGCAAUGUGUUCUUUUUCACCCUUCCUACUUUGAGCUUCAGAAAUUGAUCUGAAACUAUUCUUAAAAAAACAAAAAAAUUACAGCUCUUGGACUUUUUGUGAAGUGUCGAAUUCAUUUUUAUUAUUGUUACUAUAAUUUUCCUCCGUCGAUCCAUAGUUUAAUUCUUGCAUACUUUUCACGUAUAUACACAUUUCCCCGAUUUUUUUCAUGUUACUUGAAAGAUUUGACUAAUCGAGUCUUUACGUGAAACGCUACAAAAAUAAAAAAGAGUAAAUGAGAGUCGUAAAGAGAGAAAGAGAAAGUGUGUGCAUGCGAGCAUGAAGUCGUCUGCGCGUACACACAUCUUGUUGUAAACUUAUCAUUGUUACAACGAAUUUUUUUUUUUUCGUACUAAGUUCCUCCAGUUUCAUAAAGCUCAAAAGAAUUAGAGAAAUUAAGAGCGAUCGAACGAGUGUUUUAAAUGUCUCUGGUAAAAAAAAUAUAACUGACAUAACUUGAUGAAUUUUAUUGCAUAUUUUUCUCCUUUGAUUGUUAUCAGAGGUAAUGUUUGCAUUAAAAUUCUAGUGUAUAAAAUGCGAUUAAAUUUGUUACGUAAUAAUGACUUCGAAAAUAUCAUUGAUAACUUAUGUGGUCUGAUUAAAACUACUGAAACAGUUUGUCUAGUAAAAAGAUGGUAUUUAUUAUUAAUCUAAACAAUGAAAAAUGUUAUUUGGUUAUUGAUAGAAAUACAUACAGACCUAGUGUCUAUUUUUAUACUUGUCAUGUCAACAUUUCUUCCAAGUUAAAUGAUGUUUUAUAUACUGUAUUUUUAAUAAAUAAACAAAUGACUUUGUUAAACAAGGUGUGUGCCUAUACGCUCUAAUAGGGAAAAUAAGUGUGCGAAUGAAUAUAACGGUGUCGUACACAAUUUCAAUUGUGCUAGUGAAAACGACAAGGCAACAGUAUUAGGUAGAGCGCGCUACACGUUCGCCAAACAUUCAGAAUAAUUGUAAUGUAAAAAAACCCUUACGUUUUUUUUACCAGCUACUGCCGCUUCGCAGUCAACGAGCGAUGGGAAGUAAAAACAGUGAAACAUCACGCUCCAGAAUUAAAGCGUUGAUGGUGUUUUUGUACACACAUUUUUUGUAGAUAUUUUACUAUUAAGAUUUUCUGUCGUAAGUUGGAAAGAAAAAAAAAAAAAAAAAAAAAAAAAAAAAAAGAAAUCUUAGUUUGUUUAGUUUGCUAUUUAUAUAAAUAAUUAUACCUUCAUAUGCGAAUGCAAAAUAAACAAAACAAAAAAAUUCCGAUUUAUCAGGUCGCUCUUGUUCAAAUAACUUCUGCAUCAGCGUGUGCAUGCGACAACUUAUACAUACGCGUUGUGGACACACGUAAGCAGGUGAUUCGAAAACAUAAGAGAUGCAUUUUCAUAAAGGGCAAACAAAUGUUUUUCACUAAUUUUUCUUCCUUAUUAAAAUUUGCGAGUCUUCCGGGUUUCUAUUUUUAUAAAUUUUAUUACUUUAUAUGACACGAUUUCUGAUAAAAAAAAUACAUUGCGAUGAUCAGUCUGCGUACUGUAUUUUCACAAAGCUCAGAAUCUUUGUAAAAAAAAAAAAAAAAAAAAAAAA